UAUGAAUUACAAAAUGCUCAAAGGCUUCCUCUCAUUCAUUUCCCUCAUCGCCGCCGUGGCCUCCUCAACCCACGUUCCCAGAAAGGCUUAUGUUGUGUAUAUGGGAGCAUUGCCAAAGGUUCAGAGCCAUGGAGUUCUUGAACAAUAUCAUCACAGCCUUCUUGCUAAUGCAGUCGGAGAUGAGGAAUUGGCGAGAAAAUCCAAGAUUUAUAGCUAUGGAAGGAGCUUCAAUGGCUUUGCUGCAAAGCUCUUACCCCAUGAAGCCCAGAAACUAGCAAAGGAAAAAGGCGUAGUAUCUGUAUUUCAGAGCACUACAAGGAAGUUGCACACGACAAGAUCAUGGGAUUUUUUGGGGCUGUCGGUGGCUGCCAGCCACCGGAACGCGGCCGCAGAGUCGGACAUGAUUGUCGGAUUGUUGGACUCCGGGAUUUGGAUGGGGAGUCCCAGCUUCAAGGACGAUGGCUAUGGCGAAAUUCCUUCAAAGUGGAAAGGCCACUGUGUCACUGGCCAUAACUUUACCGGCUGCAACAGGAAAGUGAUCGGCGCCCGGUUCUUCAACCUGCAGGAAAUAGACGCCACAAUCAACCAAAGCCCCACGGACGAGGUGGGCCACGGCUCCCACACCUCCUCCACCGUUGCGGGAGCCACCGUAGACGGCGCCAGCCUCUACGGCAUCGCCGGAGGCACCGCGCGGGGCGGCGUCCCGGCAGCGAGAAUCGCCAUGUACAAAGUAUGCUGGAACGUAGGGUGCACGGACGCGGACCUGCUGGCCGGAUUCGACCACGCAAUCGCCGACGGAGUGGACAUAAUAUCGGUGUCGAUCGGUGGCGGGUUGCGGGAAUUUUUCGAGGAUCCAAUCGCAAUUGGGUCGUUUCAUGCAAUGGCAAAAGGGAUAUUGACGAGCUGCUCCGCCGGAAACAACGGGCCGGGGUUGACAACGGUGGAGAAUUCGGCGCCGUGGAUUAUGACGGUGGCGGCUUCCACCAUUGAUAGAGAUUUCAGUACCGUUGUGAAGCUGGGAAACAAUAAGAAAUUCCAGGGAAUAUCACUCAAUACAUUUUCAACCAAGAAGAAGAUGUCCCCUCUCAUCAGCGGAGGAAGGGCAGCGUUACCCAAUCAUCCGAAUGCAAGGUGGUGUGAUGGUGGGAGUCUUGAUAAGGGUAAAGUGAAAGGGAAAAUAUUGUAUUGUUUGGGAUCUUUAGAUCAAGAAUACACAAUCUCGGAGCUUGGUGGUGUCGGAGUUAUAGCCAAUCUUAUGAACAAUACGGAGGUUCUUGCCGUCACUCCAAUUCCUGCUACUCAUCUUUCCUCUCAAGAUUCUGACAUUGUUGAAACCUAUAUCAACUCCACCCAGAAGCCUAAGGCAGUGAUAAUGAAGACAACCACUACCAAGACAGAGGCUCCUUUCUUGGCCUAUUUUUCUUCAAGAGGUCCUCAGUUCAUAGCCCGUGAUAUCCUCAAGCCGGAUGUUGCAGCACCAGGGAUGAACAUAUUGGCCGCGAACACAAAACUGGCUACAAUUCCGACCGGCAAACAUUCCACUUUCGACAUUAUGUCUGGAACUUCAAUGGCAUGUCCUCAUGUCGCCGCCGCCGCCGCCUAUCUCAAAACCUUCCACCCCACUUGGUCCCCCGCCGCCAUCAAGUCCGCCCUCAUGACCACCGCGACGCCAUUGAAGAUAGGAGAAAGCCAAGACGAGCUGGGUGCCGGUGCCGGCCAAAUAAAUCCGACGAAAGCCGUCAAUCCAGGCCUGAUUUUCGACCUCUCUCGCACCUCUUACAUCUCUUUCCUCUGCAACAAAAAUCACUACGCCGGCACCGCCCUCGCCAUCCUCACCGGCGACUCCUCUUUCAACUGCUCCGCCGUCACGCCGAACACCGGCUCCGACGGCCUCAACUACCCUUCAAUGUACGUCCCAAUCGACCUCCAGGCUACCGCCGUCUCCGCCGUCUUCCACCGGAUUGUCACCCACGUUGGCUCCGGGCCGUCCACAUACAAGGCUAAGGUAAAAUCGCCGAUGGGUCUGUCUGUACGAGUGUUGCCGGAGGCCUUGAAGUUCAAACGGGCGAACGAAACGCGGUCGUUUAAGGUCAUGGUAAAAGGGGCGGUGGCGGCGGAAGGGAAUGUUCUUCUGAAGGCUUCGCUUGAGUGGAAUGAUUCCAAGCAUAACGUUAGGAUCCCAAUUUUAGCAUUUAGAAGUUAAUUUCAUUUUAUAUUUGUUAAAUCUUUCCUUAUUUUGUCACGUCACAUUUCCAAGAUCUUAGGUUAAUGUUUUUGUUUUAGUUUGUUA